AUGAGUCUGAAAGGCUUGGGCAAGAGUCUGUCGCGGGCACCGCAAACGUUCAAAGCGCGCUUCAAUCUUGGAGAAAACACCAAGGAUCCUGUCUACAUUGACGCUGAGCGAAGAUUUCAGGAAUUGGAAAGGGAAACCAAGAAACUCCACGAUGACUCCAAGAAGUAUUUUGACGCUAUCAACGGAAUGUUGAACCAUCAAAUUGAAUUCUCCAAAGCAAUGACGGAAUUGUACAAACCCAUUUCGGGUCGUGCCUCCGAUCCGAGUACCUACACCAUUGAAGGCAACCCCGCAGGAAUUCAGGCAUGUGAAGAAUAUGAAGCAAUUGUGCGAGACUUGCAAGAAACACUGGCGCCCGAGCUUGAGAUGAUCGAAACGAGAGUCAUCAGCCCGGCCAAUGAACUUUUGGACAUCAUCAAAAUCGUCCGAAAAGUGACCGUCAAGCGCGAACACAAGAAACUCGACUACGACAGACACCGGGCCACUUUGAAGAAGCUUGAAGAGAAAAAAGACAAAUCUUUAAAGGAUGAAAAGGCAUUGUACAAGGCAGAAAACGACGUGGACCAAGCGACGCAAGAAUACAACCAUUACAACGACCUGUUGAAGGAUGAAUUGCCCAAACUGUUCCAGUUGGAAGCUGAGUUUAUCGGACCGCUUUUCCAAUCUUUCUACUACAUGCAAUUGAACGUGUUCUAUACGCUGCACGAGAAAAUGCAGGGCAUCAACAUUGGAUACUUUGACCUAACGCGCGAUAUCGAAGAGGCAUACGAGGCUAAAAAGGGAGACGCCAAGGAGAAAGCCGAGGAGCUCACAAUUGUGCAUUACAAAACUACUGGCGGUCGUAAAACUUCCAGAUUUGCUUCUGCCAAGGACAAGCUCGCUUCCGAGAACAGACUCAGUUCUUCUUCAACAUAUCGCAGAUCGACAGACACCAACGAAAAGCCCCCCCCACCAUAUUCACCUAGCGGAGCCCCUGGCACGACUUCAAUCGGCCGUGCAAAUAGCACUGGUAGCGCCUUAGCCGCUGCUGCAAAGGGCAAGCCAGCACCGCCACCUCCAAAACCGAAACCGGGCUACUUGGCCAAGAAUGUCGAGACUGUGACUGCGCUGUAUGACUAUGAGGCUCAAGCACAUGGUGAUCUUAGCUUUUCGGCCGGUGACGUUAUUGAGAUUAUUCAACGUACAAGUAAUGAGAAUGAGUGGUGGACAGGAAAGGUAAAUGGCAGAGAGGGACAGUUUCCAGGAAACUACGUCAAACUCAAUUAA